UCAAUUUGUUUUUCAGCGUGUUCGGAGGGCAGCGCCGCCCGCGCCAUGGAACAGCUCGCGAUGGGUUGUUCCGUGGUGCUCGAGCGCCUCCGUGACGACGCGACUGUUCACAGUGGAGGCAAACCAUAUGGCUGCGGACACUGUGACGAACAUUUUAUAAAUAAGUUUAUUUUAAGAAAACACAUACAUGAUACUCACUUAUCGUCUGGAUCCAAGAAAUUUACUUGUGAUUUUUGUAGUUUUACAUUUCGAACUAAAUUGCUUGUAUUUGAGCAUGAAAAAAAGGAACACGGUGUUACAAAUUUCAUGUGUGCUGAAUGUGAGUAUUCAACAAGUUCCAAGAAGAGUUUGCGGAUCCAUAUAAAGAGUCACUCUGCGGAGAAUCUAUUUAAUAGUCAGUAUAAAAGUGAAAUACACAAACACCAAAAAAUUGGGGAAAAGCCUCUUAAGUGUACGAAGCGUGGUCUCAAAUGCAGUGUUAAAUCAAACCUGCGACGUCACCAGAAGACGCACACCAGAAGACACCAAAAGCCGUACACAUGUUGUCAUUGUGGUUACAAGUGCCGUGAUAGCUCAUACUUAAAAAUACACCAGAUGAUACAUACUGGGGCGAAGCCGUUUCAGUGUAGCUACUGCGACUACAGCUGCAGGCAGAAAGGACACUUGCUAUCACACCAGAGGACACACACCGGGGAGAAGCCUUUUCAGUGUAGUAACUGCGAUUACAAAUGCAGUCGAAAAUCAGACCUAAAAAAACACAUUAUGAUACACACUGGGACGAAGCCAUUUCAAUGUAGCAACUGCGACUACGCGUGCAUGCAGAAACGAAACUUGGUAAUACACCAGAUGAAACACACCGGGGAGAAGCCAUUUCGAUGUAGCCACUGCGAAUACAGGUUCAGCACGAAAAGAAUCUUGCUAAGCCAUCAGAGGACACACACCGGGGAGAAGCUUUUUCAGUGUAGCCACUGUGAUUACAAAUGCCGUAACAAAUCAGACCUGAAGAUACACAUGAUGAUACACACUGGGACGAAGCCAUUUCAAUGUAGCAACUGCAACUUCAGGUGCAGGAAGAAAGGAAACUUGCUAAGACAUCAGAGGACACACACCGGGGAGAAGCCUUUUCAGUGUAGCUACUGCGACUACAGGUUCAGGCAGAAAGUACACUUGCUAGUUCACCAGAGGACACACACCGGGGAGAAGCCUUUUCAGUGUAGGCACUGCGAUUACAAAUGCAGUCGAAAAUCACACCUAAAAAAACACAUUAUGAUACACACUGGGACGAAGCCAUUUCAAUGUAGCAAUUGCGACUACACGUGCAUGCAGAAACGAAACUUGCUAUCACACCAGAGGACACACACCGGGGAGAAGCCUUUUCAGUGUAGUAACUGCGAUUACAAAUGCAGGCGAAAAUAUGAACUGAAAAUACACAUAAUGACACACACUGGGGCGAAGCCAUUUCAAUGUAGCAUCUGCGACUACAGUUGCACGCAGAAAAGAUACUUGCUAGUUCACCAGAGGACACACACCGGAGAGAAGCCUUUUCAGUGUAGCCACUGUGAUUACAAAUUCAGUCUAAAAUCAAGCCUAAAAAGGCACAUGAUGAUACACACUGGGACGAAGCCAUCCCAAGUAGCACAAAGCUGCAUUAUAUAA